AUGAUUGAUUCUUUUGCUCCUUUUUACUACUGUAUACUCUUCUUGCAGAGCGAACGUCGGAACAUUGCAAAUUGCUUCUCGACCCUGAGCCUCCUCUAUCGGGCGAUUCUCGCUUUGGUCUUCUAUUCUGUAUGUUUUCCAAUACUCGUAGCAGGCAACAUAAGGUGGGUGGAACCGGUUACGUUGGAUGUGGGUACGCGUGGGGCAGUCACAUUCUAUCUCGAGCGGCCUUCCAGUUCAGUCCAGUUUUCUUUCUUUUAUACGAUUCAGUUCGGAUCAAAAGGUCGUCCUUUCUGCAUCAAUGGACAAAAUGAUGUUGCUGGCUUCAAAGAUCCGUCUCAAAUAUCAAGAUACACUACUACUAUCACAGACAGAGAUACAUUUCCCGGUGUCGAUAUGACUAUUGAUGAGGUUGAUACCAUAGACGGAGAUCAGUACAUACUCACGGCUGUGUGGCAAAGUUUGGAGAAUGUUGUACAUGAUACUCAGAGGAAGGAUGUUGUUGUACAGAGUCCCCCCGGUCCGGCAGAGUGCUUCGUCACUUUGAGUGAUAGUGAGUAUCCGUAUGAAGUACAUUGUUGGGCCAAGACUGGAAGUAUGCCAACCACACUGACAUGCUACCAGAACGACCGGGAUCUAGUCAAACUGCAUAACAUAACACAUAAUGGGCCCACCACCAGAGCUAUAUUCUUCCUACCCGAUACGACCCGUUUCUCCUGCUGUACACAUGACAUAACAUCCACCGUAGCUGCUGCAACGUGCAACGACUUUGAGUGGCCCCCUGGUUAUUCUGGUAUUCCCAGUACAGAGAAAGCAACCAGUAGGAGCAAGACUGUUAGUGAACAAUCCAAUAGGUCUGCUGACCCGACACCUCCAAACUACGCAGAUUCGGAUGUAUGGUCUGGAGCUCGCAGAUCAUACAUGGAUUCAUCACAUUGGCACUUUCUGUACCUGCUCAUGUAUCUUCUUGCCUUUGUGAUCAUGUGUUAGUCAUGUCCCCCUUAUCAUGACUUGUUUAGUUGAAAGUAUAGUUUAUUGUGUAAUAAUUAU